UUUACAACGAAGGGUAACCAUAGAGGAAAGGCCUCAAAAACAGCAAAUAUGUCUCAUCAUACUCAGGGGGCUAACAUCAACCCAGCUGAGGACAACAGAAGAGGGAGAAGGAUUAUUGCUGAAGACCCAGACUGGUACCUGCCCUUAGUGCCUUGUCUAUCAAAACUGUGUCUGCAAACCAUUAUUAAACACUUUGAGGAGAAACCAAUUUUCGAAGAACUAAAUCCCAGUGAUAAAGACUUUGUGCAGAAGGGACUCUCUACCUCCCUGCCCUUGAAGGUGACAGCCAACUUAAUCACCGAUGACGUCUUCUGGAAGCGAUGCUGUGAGGAGCGGUGGGACAUUUGCGAUGUUGCUCACUACGGCCACAGCUGGAAGCGAAUGUUCUUCGAGAGGCACUUGGAGAACAUUAUUGAGCAUUUUAUCCCAGACCUAACAGAGCAAAGAACAGUUCUGGAGAUGGUGCCGCUUUGUAGGAACUAUGUGAAGAGGCUGGACAUCUCACAGCUCCUGCCACCUGUCAAAGAGCCCCGGGAGGAGGAAGAGGAGUAUAGCUCAGAUUUGUUAGGUGGCAAUGAGACUGAAGGAACAUCCAUGGAUCACUUUGACUUUAACAUACUACUCAGUAAGCUGACAAACCUGGAAGAGCUUCAUUUGGUGUACAGGGUCAAACAGUGUGGCAUGAAUUUUGAAUGGCAGAUGUUUGAGAUGACUGACAGAGACUGUGAGUCCCUCGCAAAGGCCCUAAAGUCCUGCAAGACUUUAAAGUUUUUGAAGCUCCAUGAAAGUCACAUUGAGGAUGAGAAGUGCCGCCUGCUUGUAAAACACCUUCUGGACCACCCGUCCCUGAGGGAGCUCGACUUUUCUCACAACCUGAUUGGAGACAGAGGUGCCAGAGCUGUCGCUAAACUACUCACCAGGAGUAAACUGGAGACUCUGAACAUGUGUGACAAUGAAAUCAGAGACCAUGGAGCUAAAGCUGUAGCUCAUGCUUUGUCCAAGAACUCCACCCUUUUGUCUCUUAACCUGCGUCUGAACCGUUUGGGAGACGAGGGGGGUCAGGCUAUCGGGAAGGCCUUGAUGAACAACAGCUCCCUACUUCACCUUCACCUGGGGGGUAAUAUGGUAACAGGGCCGACUGCCAUUGUGCUGGCUAAAGUGAUUGCUCAGAAUAAAACCCUGAAGACCAUCAACCUCUCAUGCAAUGACCUGGGUGUGGAUGGAGGUAGAGCUCUGGAGGAGGCAAUGUCUUUCAACACCAUCAUAACGGAGUGUGAUGUCCGCCUGACAGAAGUCGAUGAACAGAGCCUGUCCUUCAUAAACCAGAUGGUUUGGACCAACAAGAGUUCAGAAAAAAAGUAACACAGUCAGGAAAGUUGAACCAAAUAG